UGCACUGGUUGGUCACUCGCAACUAAUAUAUAGCUCACACACACACACAAGUAUACACAUACAGCACACACACAUACACACAGUUGGAUAAUGACUUUACAUUAACAUCGAUGGAGAAGAGAUAUGAAAGCAAUAGACAUAUACAGUGAGAUAGAGAUAGAGAGACAGUGUGUUUGCAAUAUAUAUAUAUAUUUAUAGGAUAUAACAAGUGAUCUGAAAAACGUAAACCAAAGCCAAAAAACAAUAUUCUGUUGUAUGAGUGAGUGAAUAGUGAAACAACAAUAUAUCAACAAAAAUGACCAAAACUUUUGCCAAACGACGGCAAACGGAAACUACGAGUCAGAGUCCGCAUCGGACGGCGACUACAACAACAACGACGGCUACGACGACGACGACAAGUGCGGCCACAAAACGGGGCAAAAGUAGCGAACCGGAGCCAGUGGUCACUCACGGCAGGAAUACUAGAGCCGGAACUAAAUAUAAUUUAAGUAAUACUAAUAAUACUAGUAAUACCUCAACAAAAGUGCAAUCAAGUAAUGCCAAUAAUAAUAAUAGUAAAAAUAGCGCAAAAACUGUUAAUACCGUUAAUAAAUCUAAACAAUUAAGUAAAACAAAUACAACAAAGAAGUCAAAUAUAAGUAAUAGAAGUAAUAAUAAUAAUAAUAAUAAUAACAGUAAUAAUAAUGACAGUACCACUGGUUGUCCCUCAACGACAUCGACACGUUCGUCACGUCCAACGACAACAACUACGACUACAACGACUAGUAAUCAACACCACAAGCGAUCAAAAGAUAGUAAUUGCAGUAAACAAGAGUUACAGCAGACAUCGUCUACGACGACGACUAAGUCAACAGCAAUCGCAUCGACCGGACAAACGACGGCAACAAAUAGGUCGACGACGACUACGACGGCAUUAGCCAAGUCUGGAGCCAGAGGUCGUGAUCACAAUAUCCAGACACGAGCCGCAAAUGUUGCAAAAAGUAGGUCCAAAGCGAUUGCAAAUAAGAUUACAAUUUAUGAGCCGUCGAUUGACACCUAUUCUAAUGAUUCAAAUGAAAAAUUGGACGAAAUUUUUGACGAUUUAAGUCCACAACAGUUAGAGGGUAUGGACGAAGACACCAAACGUAUUCAGGAAGCGGAGGCAGCGCUCAGAAGUCUGACCGGUGAUAUCGAUAUCAAUGCCGACGACACGGACACGGAAGAUGUCGAUGAAACGGAUAAACCAAUGUUUGAGAAUUUGUUUGCUAAGAAACAAGAGUCGGAGAAACAGGAAAAGUGCGCUACAGAUGGUGUGGCCAAUGCAUGGAAAGACGUGGUCACACUCAGCGCUUCAUCCAGUUCUUGCGGCAGUCUAUCGGAACCGUCGCCACACAAUUCGCCGCCCGUCACACCCGACGGUAGUCACGACGAAAAUGUUAACUUUAGUCCCAUCGAUAGUCGGGCGUCGGUAUCGACUAUCAAUGAGACGACGACCACUGCUGAUGAGAUCAAUGAUCCAAAUAAUAAUAAUAAUAAGAGGCAUUCAUAUCAAGAGAUCGGGACUACUACUGAUGACGACAACAACAACAACAACAACCAAAACAAAAGUCAAAACAAUUUCAAUGCAAUGGAGAAUCUGAUGAAAAUCGAGGAACAGUGCAAUGCAUACAUACAGUCAAAUCAAAGUCAGGAACAACAAAAAGAUUGUAAUAAUAAUAAUAAUAAUAUUAAUGAGAAUAAUGACGUUACCGAUGAUGAUGAGGACAAUGAUACUGAAGACGACAUGUAUAGUGAUGAACAACAGCGAACCAAUUACGAGGAAAGUUCUGCUAAUAAUAAUAAUAAUGGAAACAACGGUUGUUCGCUUAUGGCGCCAAUGAUCGCACAUUUAGCUCAGUCAACGCCACAUCAAAAGUCGUGUUCAGAUCAAAGGCCUACUACUACUACUACUAAUGUGGCGGAAACGGUCGGUCAAAGACAAUACAUCAAAAGUGAAGAACAGUUUCCGAAAGGCUUGUGUCUUAUGGAUAAUAGCGGUCACAAUCAGCUCAUGAAAGCACAACAACAACAACAACAACAGCAACAAUACUGUAGUUCCGCUCAAAGUCAAAGUUUUGGUGCAUUCAAAGCCAAGACACCGGAGCGUACAUACUUUGACUGUAAGUAUCAAAAAUCGAUGGACAGUAGUAUAUCAUCGCCGGUUAGCUGUCAGUCGACAACCGGUACAUACAUGUCGACAAAAGAGGCGCCAAACGAGUCGACAACGACGACGGCGACGACAGCUAUGAAUAUUUGUCACCAAAAUCUAAUGACAACUACUAGUGGACAGCAAUUAGUAAUGUCGACGUCGACUGGUAUUAGCAGCCAAUAUCAGGAAGACGAGACAAUGACCAGUGCAUCCAAUCUGUCAUUUCCAGGCAGUCCUCCAUCAGGUCAAUCUUGUGGCGGCCAAUCGAUACGUUCGCCAUCGUGUGAAAGACGAUCACUGCAUUCGCCAGAUCCCGAAGGAAAGGGAGGCGAUAACAAAUGUCCGACACCGGGAUGUAAUGGUUCGGGUCAUUCUACUGGUCUAUACUCACAUCAUAGAAGUCUAUCGGGUUGUCCGCGAAAAAGUCAAAUAACACCAGAAAUACUAGCAAUGCACGAAACAAUAUUAAAGUGUCCAACACCGGGAUGUAACGGCAGAGGACAUGUCAACUCAUCGCGCAAUUCUCAUCGCAGUCUUUCUGGUUGUCCAUUGGCCGCAUUGGACAAGAUUAGCCAAAAGGAUAAGACUCCCAAACUAACUGUUCCCACCAGUUGUUUGUCGCCCGCCACACCCACACCACCGUUGUCAGUGGCAUCGGUAUCGCCGGCGAUAUGUGCGCCCGUAAUGACCACAUCGGAUCGUGUACUGCGACCGAUGUGUUUUGUCAAACAGUUGGACAUACCGGCCGGAAAAUACAACUCAGGCCAAUCGGCCAGUUAUGCGACGCCGCGCACCAAUCUGGCCAAAGAGCUGGAAAAGUAUAGCAAACCACAGUCCGAGUCCGAGUACCCGAUGACAGCAAACAUGACGGCUACUAGUGUUCAACAAUCACAGCAACAACAACAACAGCAACAGUAUUGUCGACCAAUUUUGGCCAAAAUUAACAAAAUUGAACACAACUUUCCGAAUAGUAUACAAAACUAUAAGUCUGAGCACACAUAUGGCACGUGUCAAAUGGUCUCACCCGGCGCUGGUCAGAGACAAAUGGGUCCAUCGGUUCUCGAUUUGUCGACAAAAAGUGAUGACUCAAACUCGUCAUCAAUGGACACACCGAUUGAUAGCAACAAACUGACUGAACAGUGUCUCUAUUCAAAGCACCCGAACUAUCGAGAGCCGAGUCCUUUGACCGAACCGUUGGAUUUCUCUGCGGGAACUCAUACUUCACAACAACAACAACAAUCACAACUUAACUUAUGUGUCAAAAAUGAACCCAUUUCUGGCCAAUUGUUGACAUCAACGUCUUCGCAGAUCAAUAGCUGUUCACCACAUUUAAGCCUCAAUUAUCUGCCACUAAGGAGUCCAUCACCAGAAGAUUCGACCCGCGGUUCGAGUGUCCGAUCGUACAGUAAUAAUACGGACGACUAUAGUGAUUCCGAAUCUGGUCCGACUCCAUCUAAAAUGAUGAGACAAUCGCUAAACCGAGUCAGGGAUGGUAGAGAACUGCUACAGUGUCCGACUAUUGGCUGCGAUGGUAUGGGACACGUGUCAGGCAAUUAUGCCACUCACAGGAGUCUGUCUGGUUGUCCGCACGCCGAUCGUUCCGUAGUUCAGGCCCAACACCAGGAGCUCAAGUGUCCGACUAUUGGUUGUGACGGUUCGGGACAUAUCACUGGAAACUAUACGAGCCAUCGAAGUCUGAGCGGUUGUCCGCGAACUAAACAGGCAAAGAAGGGACUGUUGGUUCGCGAAAUUGAAAAACAAACGGACGCCGAACCGCUUCGUUGCCCAGUGCCCAAUUGUGACGGAUCGGGUCAUAUAACUGGCAAAUUCACUUCACAUAGAAGUGCUUCUGGAUGUCCAGUGGCCAAUCGUAUCAAAUUGAGAGCCGAAUCCAUAUCGCAAGACAUACCGGUAUUGCCCGUCAUUGAGGAACGACUACCGGAAAGGAUUGUUGUUAAAUCACAACAACAACAACAACAACAACACCAACAACUUCAACAACAACUGUCUAAAACUGAUGGUCCGGUCUGUCCGACACCAGGCUGCGACGGUAGUGGUCACGCAACCGGUAGUUUUCUAACACACCGGAGCCUAUCGGGCUGUCCCCGAGCCAACGGCGGCGCCAAUGUUUUCAAGUCGUCGAAGGCAUCGAUGAAUAAAUUGGAUGACUUAACAAAUACCAUAAACAUAACCAACUUUUCACCGCACAAUCAGAUGUCGUACUCACACUACGACACCAACAACAACAACAACGGUGUACAACAGCCGUCGGUUUCCCUAAUGGACACCAGUCAUGAAGAUAUGCGUGUUUUGGACGACGAAAUUAGCGAACUCAACGAAUAUAAUACCAAAAUGGAGUCCGAAAUGUUAAAACUCAAGCUCGACAUCAAUCACAUGGAGGAACAGGUGAAGACAUCCGAAAGGGAAAAUCACUCUUUGUCUCAAAGGACUGUUCAACUGAACGACUAUUACGAGUCUUUGCGCAAUAAUUUUAUCACUUUCUUAGACCAGUGCCGUAUACCCAACUUCACCGAUGAUAAGCCCAAUGUCGACAAUUUUGAUUCAUAUCUAAAUAAAUUACAACAAUUGUGUGUCGAAAGCUAUAAGGAAGAGAAUAGAGGAAUCUUUUCAUCGGUCAGACAGGCCUUACAGGACUUUCCUGUCGCUAUACCUCAAACUCCUGGUUGGGUUCGCUCAUAGGCUAAGAAAUGUUCACACGAUUUAUAAAUACAUUUAUAUAUAUAUUAUAUGCAG